CCUGUAUUUCGCACUAUACUAAUGAUCAAACAUUAACGAAUAUGUUCCAGGCUGGUUCGAACUAGAUGUUUAGUACGUCUAAAUAGACGUCAUUUGCACAGCGCCGUGUUAGUCGAAAUAUCUUUUUUUCUGCUCUUGUGAUUGUAAAUUUGGACAUACCUGAGCAGUUAACUUCGAAAAGGUCCGUUUACUUAAAUUUAUCGCUACAGGAAGGUAUCGUUUUAGGCCUUAUUGUAUCGAACUGACAUCUCCGAUGUGAGAUUUCAGAGAGCCCGUAUCCAGUGCGACCAAAUCUGCACGUAACGGAGAAAGACAUUGUGGCGUUGGGGCUGAACAGUUUAACAGGUUCGUAAAGAUCAGCAUUAAACAACUCCAGAAUGAAAUUUCUGACUACUUCGGAUGAACUGAAAGCUGCGGAGAGAGUUCUGCAGUCGCACUUGCCACGAAGUUCCAAGGUGUAUGGUUUUCUGCUUGGCAUAAACAGAGGCAAACCACACACACUGGAAGUUCUAGUGGACUCUUGGCCGGAUUUCAAGACUAUAAUACUUCGACCAGAUCCGAAGAAUGAGCGUGCCUUGGACUAUAUGAAAAAAGUUACUUUUUUCAGCACUGAUGAAGAAGUCUUGAAAAGAAUGGUGUCUGGGGAAAAUGCAAUUGACUGGAGCACAUACUUUUUAAUAGGGGGGUUUGAUAUUCAGCAUGCUCCUCUGCUAAGAGAGGUUGCUGCCUCAAAAGGAGUCAGUGUGAGAGGCUUUACUUUGGUGCAUCUCAUGACAUUGCCUGACCAAAGUCUCCUGCCUCCUCUCACCACCAGCAGUAUCCCUGAGACCAGAAUUAGCACCCUGGAUGAAUCACACAUCAGUUUAGUGAACAGCACCUGGAAAUUUGGUGGGGAUGAUCGAGGUUACCGGAACAUUAAAAACCUCAUCAGCCACUUUCCCACAUGCUGCAUCACAGAUGACAACAAUCAGCCAGUGUCUUGGGUGCUUUUGUAUGACUACUGUGCAAUGGGAAUGCUGUACACGUUGCCUGAGCACCGAGGGAAAGGCUAUGCUAAAGCCCUAGUCACCAUUAUGUCAAAGAAGCUCUGUUCUCAGGGAUUUCCUGUGUACUGCUUUAUCGAGGAGGACAACAAACUCUCUUACAAACUUUUUUCAGACCUUGGAUUCACUGAGGACCCAUCUUACAGGGCUGCCUGGUUUGAGUUUAACUACUGAAUCAAAAUUCAGUUAAUGAACAUGAAAUUUCAUGCCUUAGAUUCUACAGGAAGAAGAAAUCAGCACAUAAAUUUGGCUUCAGUAAAUGACAAUUCAUUUUUAUUAACAAAUGCAAAAGAUUUUUCUAUAAAAUUAUGCUUUAAAGCAUCCAACUGACAAUGGUCAUGCUUUACAAAUGUGUGGAUGGCUUUCAACUGUGACUUAAAAAGUAAUAACAACAAUCAUUAUAAACAGGACUGUGAGAAAUAUGGAAUCAAAUUAGCUUUUCCAAAUGAAAUGAAGCUACAAAUACCUCAUCGGUUACUAAAGAAACCUUUGUAAGUAUGUAUGUGUGUAUCCAACACAAAUAAACAGAGCA